CAAGAGAAGGUGUAUUUUCGUUGAGUGCAAAGUGUUUGUUCGUUAUGUAUCGAUCGGUGUGGUUGUUUGUGGUGUCAUUCUUUGCAACUGCAAUGUUAGUGAACAGUAAUCCGAACGUGGAGCAGCCGAGCCCAUCGGCGUUAGUAGAUGUAUCGGGAUUUUCUUUAGAGAUGCUUUUGACCAAUCAUGACAUUCUACAUCAUAUGGUGCGGGAGUUGCGAGAAGAUGCCCUAGAGCAACGGCAACUCAUCGUUGAAAAUCAAGUACAACUAAAGCGUAGUCUUGAGCUGUUAGCUGCGCUGCAGCAAGAAGCAAAUGAUCGACAUGCGAGAGAUAGUGAUGAAUUGUCGAAGUUCUACGCAGAAUCUCGAAAAGCAAUCGCGGACAACCGGAUCAAACAGGAGCAGAGUGUGGACCUAUUGGCCAAAAUACAACUGGACAUGCAGAGGCAGCGGGAAGAGAUAGUGAAAAAUCGAGCCGAGUGUUCGGAAUGGAACUCAGAGUGGCAAAAGGCAAUCGCAAACAACCAGGUCCAACAGGAGCGUAAUACCGGUUUGUUGCACAACUUGCCAUCAAAACUAACAGAGUUGAAAUUGGAAUUGUCCAGGCAACGCGAGGAAGCCAACCGAUAUCAACUAACGACCGAAAAACAUAUGGAGCAAUUAAACGGCGAUCAUAAACAGAUACGUAAAGCAUUGGUGAAUAUUCAGCUCGACUCAUAUGGGUCAUGCAAAGAAGUGCCUACGAAAGUGAGCGGGAAGUAUAAAAUUCGAAUGAACGAAAAUAUUGCUCCUUCUGAAGCAUAUUGUUACCAAGCAAUCCUGGAGGGUGGCUGGAUGGAUAUUCAAUUCCGUUCCAGUGGAGCACUGGACUUCAAUCGUAAUUGGACGGACUAUCGGUCGGGAUUUGGAACAGUCAACGGAGAGCAAUGGAUUGGACUUGAAAAGAUUUAUCAAUUUACGAAGGAGCACAAGUGCGAACUCUACGUCGGGAUGAAGGAUUUCAACGAAACCUAUAAGUACGCCCGUUACGACGCCUUUGCUAUUGGUAGCGAAGCAGAGGGAUAUUAUCUUAAAACUCUGGGAACACACAGCGGCACGGCAGGAGAUUCAUUAAGAUAUAGUGAAGGAUCGAAAUUCUCAACCCCCGAUAGGGAUAAUGAUGCUAAUAAUAAUAAUUGUGCACAAACUUGGAAAGGAGGCUGGUGGUUCAAGAGUUGCCAUCAGGCUUUUCUGAACGGACUUCAUCGAAAUACAAGUGUGCAAAAGGAGGGAAAAAUUGAAUGGUACGGUUUCAGCAAUGAAUGGCGUGGGUUAAGCUUUUCUCGAAUGUUGAUACGUCCAUUAGAUUAAGCAGCUACGAGAAAGGUGUGCCUGAAAUGUAACGUGAAUCCUAAAAGAUAAAAAAAGCAGUAGCUGUAGCAGUAGCUGUAGCAGUAGCUAAGUAGCACGAUUACACAUUUUUUUAAUAAGCAAUAGUGCGCAUCAGUCUCAUUUUCGUUAAUCAAUAUAAAAGCAAUGGAAUAAAAUAAUUUUGAGGCAAA